AUGUAUUCUGACGAUCAAAGUCCAAUGUCUUGGCUCUCUGGCCUACUAACUGGUGGAAGACAAACUGGUGAUAGUUUUGAUGGCAACUGCUCCAGAAAUAGCAUCGAAACAGUCUAUCAUCCAGAGAGCAAUUUUUUGGGUAGGGACAAAGAUAAACCGGACAGGUUGGACAUGAUGGGGGAAGAAAUUUGUCCAGACAAGUUGUUUGAUACUAAAAGUAAAAGGCUUGACACCUUUCUGGAAGAGGACUCGAAUUUAUUCACUCCACACAGAGAAAGUGUCUACUCUGAUUACAAUUAUUAUCCCUAUCACCAUCAACAUCUACCAUCCCUAAAUAAGCUAAACCCGUUUAGCUUGUGCCAACCUGUACUAGAAAGCCAAUUUCGUUUUGUAUCAUCAUUGUUAUAUCCCAGUAAAUUGGAGAAAAGGACCGCCCCUACCCCAUCCCUCAGCUCCAUGUCACCAACCUCCACAAAUACGGGCGGCGUAUACGAUCCCCUUAUGAUGCCUUUUCUACCACAAAUCCACCAGCAUUAUUACACCAAUAGUAAUUCUCCCAUGGAUUACACCGCCACUAAUUCUAAUACCACAAGCGUGGGGAGUAAUAAUACAGAUUGUGGCUUUGGCGGACUUGAUCGCAAACUACAGAUUUCAUUGCAACCCCAUGUGAAAAGGAAAGUAGGACACUCAAAUUUGAGACCUGCAAAUGCUAUAUUAUUGGAUGAGCACUUUGACAAUAUACUUUUUUCUGAUCGGCACAAGAUGCACAAGAUGCACAGUUUACACAAUAUUGAAAUACCGGAUACUCCAGUAAAUUCAGUGGUUAGAUAUCAUAAAGAAGAAUCUAAUAAUUUGCAAAAUUCAGAAGGUUACAAUUCCCCACUUUUUAACACGCCCAGUACCAGCACUGGGAAUAGCAUGGAUUUUUUAACUUACAGGGUCACUAGAAGCGGAAAAAGGAAGGGCUACACCGAAUUUGCUUCAGAAAUGAACGAUAUAAGAACUGUUUCUACUGCUUCUGGCGAUGGAAGUGUAUCGAAUAGCAUGUGUGAUUCAAUGAGUGUCUCUGAGGCUUCAGAAGAUGCGUAUAUCAAAUCAGGACGGGGAAGACGGACGAGAAGACUGUAUGAUGACAAGGGUACAAAGAUAAGUGGCGUGUGGUACGAUGCCAGCAGGCACUUGUGGCGCGUUGUUUAUCUGAAAGGGGAUAAACGGAAGACAAAAGGAUUUAGUAUUUUGAAGCUUGGAUUUGAGCAGGCCAGAAGGCAGGCGAUUGCGUUCAGGCAACAAAUGGCGCCACAAAAAUAG